AUGUCAAUUCCUUCACAGGCGGCAGCUCGAUCCUGUCGCACCCUCCUUCGCCAGUCCCCGUCUCUCCGUUUCUCCCCGUCUACAUGCUUUCCCCAAUGCAAACGAACAACCCCAGCUGCGGUCGGAACAAGGCGAUGGCAGUCCACCGAGGCGCCGAUGGCGGCUCCUACAAACCCUAAAAUCACACAGAUUGUGGACCAAAUAAGUCAAUUGACACUGUUGGAAACUGCUGAUUUGGUUUCGAGCUUGAAGUCUCGUCUUAACAUUCCUGAUCUACCCAUUGGCGGUUUCGCAGCCGGUCCAGCGGCUGGUGGCGCUGCCCCAGCUGCCGCCGUGGAAGAAGAGGAGGCUGCCCCUGCCGCUCAGGAGAAAACAUUGUUUAAUUUGAAAUUGGAGUCGUUCGACGCUGCCUCGAAACCCAAGGUCAUCAAGGAGAUUAAAUCACUUCUCAGCUUGAGCUUGGUUGACAGCAAGAAAUUUGUGGAGGGCGCCCCGAAAGUGAUGAAGGAAUCUGUACCUAAGGAAGAGGCCGAAAAGAUUGUCAAGACUAUGAAGGAUCUAGGGGCUAAGGUUGUCAUGGAAUGAUUCAGCUUUUUCUCAAUUUCUUUUUCUCCCUCUUCUAUUUCCUGGAGUUUAAGCGGAAUGGGAAUAGAACAUUACAUUGGACGACUGUGGAUGCAGAACAGUGGAUGCUCUGGUUGGUAGUUCUGUAUGUAUAGGAACGUGGGGGAAAUGUAUUAUACAUCAUUACUUUGGUUAUGAGAUAUUUCUCGUUAUUCUGUUUUCGGCAAUUUUCUGUCUAUGGUUGAUCAGACCAGUUCAUCGUCAACUGCUAUGCGGCUUUCUUGGCUGGGCGGAGGUCAAGGGUUGACCAUUGUCAGUGAAGAAAACUUUUUUCUUCACUUGAGCAACAUUAGGUCAUGUCAAGCAUUAUUUUGCAGGAACUAGGAUAGACCCGCAUAUUGAAUAUUUAAACACCAAUUG